CGUGCACGCAGGUGGCGCACAAGCACGCACGUGCGACACUUGGAGGCGCUUUCAAAUUGUUUGUGUCAGCGUUGUCAUUGAUUAGCGUAAACAGUUUCGCUGGGUCUAUUUCGUGAAAGACACCAAAAUAGCGUGAGCGUCGCGGUGUUAGAGUUUUAAAGCCGCUUUCCUAACUUGAAGUCCCGGCCAGUGAUGAACAAGUCGCGCUACAAUGGAGGAGGAGGGACCUAUCAACUUCAAAGCGCUGAGGGCCAAGUUUCAGGAAGAGGCUCUCCUUGCUCAGUCCAAAACCAGUCGGCCAGCUGUUGCCGAAAAACCCAAACACCUUCCGCCACCUGGAGGACACUGCAGCUAUGUGGUAAGCAGUAUUAAUAUUGCUGUAGAAAACAAGACACCAGCGGUUCCCCGAGUCAUCUUUAGAGAUGGGCUGCGGGCAUCUGGAGGCAAGCGACCAAUUUCUUUUCCACCGCAGCCUCAGCAGACGUCCUGUUCAUCCCAGCUUGCUAAUGGGGAUGGCGGAACGAGGCAUUCCCUCAAAGACAGACACAUGCCUUUGGUGCUUCCUGUCCUGCCUGUAAAAGAUCAGAGGACAGAGCCACCAGCCAAAGUGGAGCUCAAACUGGAACGGGAACCGGGGAAAGAAGUCCUGGCGCAGACGAAAAUCAAGAAGAAGGGUUUGCUUAUUCCUUUCAAGUCAGGCAAAGCAUCAAAGGUCAGUGCUGAAAAUGGGGACGAACCCACAUACGCUGAUUUGACCACCAGGCCUAGUAGCGCUCCCUGUGAAUUGCCUUCAGUGGAAAAGCAAACCACAGAAGAUGGGGCUUCACUCAAAAGUGACCAGUCAACUAGCGAGUGCCCCCUCUCCAGCCCAGACAUCCCAGUGACCCCUCCGUCUACGGAGGCGAGUGUUGACUCUGACAGUAAAUUUCUAAGCACUUUGGAGAGAGCCAAGAAAAAGUUCUCUCGUCGACAAAUGUUGAUCUCUGCCAAAGCCAAGAGCUUGCGUUCCCCUGACUGCACCUCCAAAGCCAAGGCAUUCCCUUCGCCACCUAAGAACACAGACAGUGUCUGGGCUGAUCUACCCGUACCCCCACCGGUGUGUCUUCCACACCUGGCUUGUAUUUCAGCUCGGCCUUUCUUCAAAGCCAGCAGCUCUGCACACAAGCCUACAAUGAAUAAGCAGCUCAUCAGAGAUAAAGCUGAACAUCUGUCAGUGAAAACAGUCGAAAGUCAUCCACCACAUGUUCCACUGAAGAAGCCUCUACCUGACCUGAGGACACUCGGGCCACUGCCAGCAAAGCCCGCUCGACCUCCGUUGGUAGAUCUCAGCCAUUACCAUGCACCUGUACUGAGUGAGUUGCCACCAAAUCUUAGCCAAGUACCAAGCGAAGAGCCAGAGCCAGUGCCUGAGCACCCAUUCAUCACCGACCCUGUGUUGGACGCCCCAGUGUUUCCAGACUUUGAGACUUCAGAGAUGGAAACAGCAGAGGGCGAAGCUGUUGAUAUUGCUGCACUGGAAGUGGAGGCCUUAGACUUAGUCAGCACUGAUCUUCCUGCACCGGUUGACUUUGAGGUCAUAGACGGUGAGAGUCUACAACCUGAUUUGUCAGCAUGUGAUCUUUCAGAAGCCUCUGUGAGCUCUAUCAACCACGAUCUGAACCUUGGCAGUCGAAAUAUAAUACCCCUCGAUCCUGCCAGCUUUCCUGAGCCAAUAAACCUGUCAGAGUUCCCAGAGCCUACUGUACCAGAGCAGUGGUCCCAGAGCGAUGAGGCGCUUUUGGAUUGUUUUCCUAACUCUCAAUCUGAUGAUACUGAUCUGGGGGCUGCUGAGUGCCAGUCUGUCCCAGAAGAGACGGAGCUUAGUAACCAUGCAUCAUUGUAUGAUGGGAAUCAGACACAAUCGAGUCUGUACCAACAGGACAGUUACUAUGAAACAUAUGAUAAUGUGUAUGAGGAGGUUGAAGACAUUCACAAAUUCAUCUUGGGCCAGAACGCGCGUAAACGAAAAGGAGUAAAGAAUCCAUAUGCUGACAACCCCCCUAUGAAGGAGGAGCCGUCUCUUAACAAAUGGCACCGAAAUCCAUGUAAAGAACACCAAAGCCCAAACACAGCUGAAUUUAAAGAACAGAAGAAGAGGGAGAAACACCGACUGGAGAAAGAAAAGAAGGAGCAAAAGGAAAAGGAGAAGAAGGAAAAUGAAAUGAAGAAGAAGUUUAAGGUGACUGGGGAAGAAGAACCCAUGUACCACGCCAAAGUGACAGUGGCCAGUAAAGUCCGCAAGAAUGACCUUCCUGUGAAGAGUGGGGACACAGUCAGCAUCAUCCGCACCACCAACUGCCCCAAAGGCAAAUGGUUGGCCCGAGACGCCAACCACAAGUAUGGUUAUAUAUCGGUGAUGAAUGUGGAGCUAAACAUCAAGGAGAUGCUGGAACUUGGCAAGAAAGCUCAAGCAGCUGGACGAGGUGGCAACGCGGAGGGAGAUACCAUCAGCAUCGGGAGCAGAUCCUCAAACCACCCUGUUCUAACAAGCAGCUUCACAGAUGACAGUGAGGAGUGGGCCUGUGAAGAUGAGACCCUCUCACCAUCAAAUGAAAGCCAUAGCUUCCCCCAGCAGGCUGCCUCGGUGACUGAGAUGUCAUGUGUUCAUGUCGGUGCCCAGCACACACUGAGCGAUGCCAGUCUGGAAGACCUGCACACACAGACCCGACAUGAAGCCCUUCAGAAACUGGCCAUCUUCUUCCAACACACCAAAGAUCAAUUUGACGACAUUCCUGAUAAUGAAGGAGCCACUCCCACAAACGCUGAACCACAAAACUUCUUGUGUGCUGUUGAGGAGCCUCCGUAUCCCGAACAAGAAGUUGACUUCACAGAACUGGAGCUCCUUCCUCCACCCUCACUAUAUGCUGACAUCUUCUGAUUCCCACGGCAGCUGAAGCAGGGAGUCUCUAUAAAACUUAAGCGAUUUGAUAACAUGUGCUUAAACGUGUCUUUGGACCUCGGAGGUGAAGAAAAGAAUGCUGAUGUAACUGGGAGUGCUUUUGGUUGUGAAUGUUUUCACUUUUAUGUUAUGUUCCACACUUGACUUUUCUCAAAGGUCACUGUAAAAAGAGUAGGUGGUGCACACAUUGACUCGUUGCACUUUGUCCCAAGCAAUAACUAAACUUAACUGUUCACUUGUAGUUUCCUUUCCUUAAGUUAUGAAAUUGCAUUUAGAUUUUUUUGUUCGUUUCUGUGUUACAUCAAAUAAAUGUUUGACAUUGA